AUGAUGAUGAUGAUGACGAUGGUAAUGGCGAUGAUGAUGAUCCGGGAGUUUGUUGCAGCCCUGGACUGUUGUGCUGGUGUUGUGAGUGUCUGGGAGAUGGCCCAGCUGACCCUUGUAAUCGUCCUGCUUGGUUUACUGCAGUUCCUGAUUCCGUCACAUUUCUAUGCUCCGAACACUCCAUCUGAAAAUUUAUAUUCGUAA